AUGGGUGGACUCGUUCUUGAUGAUAGCACAGAAGUAUCCGAAUCAACAUGUGAUGUAGUAUAUCUUGUCUGCACUAUCUUCUGGCCAAUUGUAAAAUCACUGGUACACAUUUAUUUCAAUGAAAAGCUACACUUUCCCCGUAAACGUUACAACAAGACAAAGAAAAUAUCCUACUAUAUCGACCCGAUUUUUGUUUUAAUUUCCUCAAUACUGACAGCUUACUUCUUGAUCUCAAGCCAUGAAUACAAAGUGGAGCAAGGGAAAUGCAGCAUCCGAUUUAUGUCCAGCUUCGCAAUCAUUUACGUUCUCGUCUCCACAAUCAGCCUCAAUACAUAUCUUCCAAUUGCGUUUUAUAGGCUGCCCCCUUCGUCGUUUGAGGACAUGCCCCAGAUCAACUCUUCAGUCAAAUAUAAAUGGUGCAGCAUCGUGGUAAACAUCAUUCCGAUGUGCUAUUACGUUCUCUUGCUUUUACCAAUUGGAGUUCAAAAGUCAAUAAUGCUUUUUGUGGCGGCUCCGGUCGAUAUGGGGAUCACUGUAGUUGUCCUCGCUAUGCUUGAGUGUAAAGAGAUAAAUGCGGAGAAAGAGAAGGAGUUGGAAAGGGCGAAGCGCCAGCGGGAAGGCAUUUGUGGAAGAUGUCUUGCCCUGGGGCAAAAUGGGCAAGGAGAGGAGUUGGAGUUUUGCACUGUUCCUGCAGAUCUCUACGAUAACUAA